UGUCGGAAAUCUUCAGAGCAGCCCGUCGCAAACAUCAUCAUGAUCCCUGUAUGCAUAUCUUGUCAAGAAUUCCCAUGAGGCCAUACGAAGCCGACUCAGCUUCAACCAAACACCGACGCCCACUUUAACAUUUCUGUGCCGUAAAAUUCACCCAAUACCCCCAAAUAAGAUUCCUAUUUUGUUUCAUAUUAAAGAAAUUCUCAGCGCUGUACCCAAGAAUUCGAGCCGUCGUCAACAUGACGUCCGCAACCCCUCCAAAACACCAGACUCUUGAGAUCCUGGACCUCAGCUCCCCGCCAGCAUUCACCAAGCCCUCGAAGCGCAUCAACGAAGGCCCCGACGUCGCACGCUUCCUCACCAGCCUCGCCUACCGCGAUAUCGGAAUCUUCAUCCUCCAGCUUAACCGCGCCUUAUGUCCUCGAAACCAACUAUCGUCACCCCUCCCCCGCACCUUUCCCCUCAAUUCGAAACCGCCGGCAUCGCCGUCCGUCCAAGCUCUACAGAACCUUUUGACAAAGGUUGAAAGCUUCAUCGGCCAAGCACCACCCGACCCCGGUCCUCGACGAUUUGGAAAUGUUAGCUUCCGAAAGUGGUAUGCUAUCUUUGAGGAGCAUUUGGACGAGCUGUUGGGAGAAGGGCUUCUAGGUGAAACACUCAAAAUUGGCGAUGGAAAGGCGAAAGAAGAAGUCUCUAGCUACCUUCUUGGUGGUUUCGGUAGCGUCCAAAGACUAGACUACGGAACAGGACAUGAGCUCAGCUUCAUAGCAUUUCUUGGUUGUCUAUGGAAGCUGGGAUACUUCAAAGAUGGACAACAAGGAGGUGAGAUCGAGCGCGAGAUUGUCCUCAAGGUUAUCGAACCAUAUCUCAACGUGGUGAGGAAACUCAUCCUAACAUACACUCUUGAACCCGCUGGCUCACACGGCGUCUGGGGCCUCGACGAUCAUUCCUUCAUGCCCUACGUAUUCGGCUCUGCACAACUCACACGACCUAUAAACGAUGACGAACCAAUGCCCUUGGAGGGAUCUGUAAAGGGUGCGCCGAAGCCUAGCGACGUUACCAAAGCCGCUGUUGUGGAGGACCAGCGACAGAUCAAUAUGUACUUUGCUGCCAUUGGCUUCAUCAACGACGUUAAGAAGGGCCCAUUUUGGGAGCACAGUCCCAUUCUCUUUGAUAUCUCUGGUAUUCGAGAUGGUUGGGGCAAGAUCAACAAGGGCAUGAUCAAGAUGUUCAACGCCGAAGUUUUGUCCAAGUUCCCAGUUGUCCAGCACUUCCCGUUCGGUUCACUCUUCUCUUGGGACGCUGAUCCAGAUGCUGCAGCUCCAACACAAAGCGUCCAUAUGGCGAACCAGCCAACCACAGCAGCCCCAGUACCUUCAGGACCCGGAACAACUGCGCCAUGGGCUCAAGCUGCCAGAAUACCAGUCCCACCGUCAGCCGGCAUUCCCUAUACUCGAAUGCCACCUCCAGGACCGAGUUCAGGGUCACUUGCUAGGCCACCUCGAGGCGCUGCACCGACAAGUGAAUCUACAAGCGCACAAAUCACUGUUACCAAAACACCAUGGGCUAGAGAUUCAUAGAGAAUACAUAUACCAGCAUCUGGGGAAUUUUGGCAUAUUAGGAGUCAAGGACCGGACAUAGAUAUUCAUUCGCGCAUUCGUCCCAUAGAAUUCCAUGAGAUUCCAACCUCCCGUUAUGUACGAUUAUUGAAUUUAGACUAUGGGAAAUGUUACACGCCUCAUGAUAGUCCUUUGAAUUUGCAAUCUAAUCUUAUAAAAGCACAACGUGGAACAAGAGCGAGGGAAGUAUCUAGAUAUAGAAAGCGGGUAUAUAUUGAAAACAAAACAUCGCGAC